UUCUCCACCUCUACUGUCCGGCUUUUUGUUUGAAAUUAAAUAAAAAGGUUUUAGUUUUGAUCUAGCAUUCUAAUUAAUAUAAGUAAACACAAUUUCGGUUAGUUUGCUAGCUACACUUCCAAAAUUAAUAGUGUGCGUGUAAAUGUAAAAGCAUUCAAAAUUUACUGUGGAAACGAUAUGGCACAGAUUACAACUGAGAAACUGAGGACAACGCCAGUCAUGCGUUCACAUGCAACACCAGCAGUCAAUGCUGCCAUAGUAGCCUCGGCUGGUGCUGCCACAAAGGAAAAUGCUGCAACAGCCAGACAGCGAACGUCGCCAUCGACGAAUGGCAAAGGCAUCGAAAUCUUAGACUUUCACGAAUCGUGGCUGGAAGAAGUUGAACUUUAUAAGGAUAAGCUGUUAUCUCAUCAUAAUCAUCACUCAUCAGCGACUCAUCAUCAUCAUCAUCAAUCAACGCACAAUUACAAUUACAGCAAUCGCAGUAGUCCACAUCGGCAAUCAACGCAAUUGCGUAGCUCACCUCCAUUGACAACUGCAUCGAAAACAACGAAAUCGCCACAGCAGAAAUCCCCGCCAUCGCCUAGGCGAUCAACAAAGAUCACAGCUUCGGCUGCUGCCGUUGCGGCUGCAGCACCCGCGAAGUCGCCGCCACCGCGUCUCACACCCAAGUUGAACUCUGUGCCAGCGCCAAUUGUAGGAGUGCUACAGUCUGAGCCAUACAAGAAAGUUCAGAUGCUUUUAAAGCGUGCACGUGAAGAUGCUCUUGCCAAAAAUGCAACGAAUAGCAACGGCAAUGGCAACAGCAGCAGCUGUAAGCGUUCCAAUAACAACAACACCAACAAUGGCACAAGCACAAGUCCACCAAAAAGCGGAAUAGUGGCCGGAAGCUCCAGUGCAACCACACUGAAGGCGCCCAGCAAAAUAGUCGUUAAUACGUUCCAUGCCAGCAGUAUGCUCAAUGGACAGCAACACGAUGAGAAAUCCAAAAUAUUAACACAAAAUGGUCUUACCAAAUCAGCUGCAUCGGCCCUGGAGACAUCGCUCUAUGCAUCGCUGUAUGCGCAGCCGUCGCAGUUGCCAUUGCAGUAUGUUGGAACACGGAUCGCGUCUGGUGAACAAAACUACAUGGGUGUGACGCUUAAUAAGUGUGUCAGCAUCAAUCACGAAGGUCGGCAGAAUGAUGAUGAUCCUUGUGCCGCCAUUGAUGAGAUAACUAGCUAUGAAGACUCCGAUUCGGAGGAGGAAUAUGUGGGCUCACCAUUUUAUCUGGACGAGGACAACGACGAGACCAGCCAAAGUAGACACAUUCGCCUCAAACUGGAUAAACAGCCAUCGAAGGCCUCAGUGGCAACCACAAAUACCACAGACUCAGAAGCAUCUGUUUACUAUAAGCCAGAGGCGAUCUUAUCGCCCAGUUUGUUCCCAAAUGUGCCUCCAUAUUUGAACUUCACCUCGCAUGCCGAUAAAGGACCGCCUAUGCCGGCGGCCUUGCAUCGUGUGCUCAAAUGGAAGCUCAGUCCAGUGAUGCCUAAGAUCGUAAAGCGUGUUGUGCUCAACUCUGGAUUUCGCAUCAUUAAAAACACUACUGACUGGAUGGCCGUGUGGGAAAAGCACAUGAAGAGUCCUGGUUUUCGAACCAUACGCUCACACCAAAAGUACAAUCAUAUGCCAGGCUCAUUUCGUAUUGGACGCAAGGAUACAAUGUGGCGCAGCAUAGCCAGCAACAUGAAGAAAUUCGGCAAAAAGGAGUUUGGCAUUAUGCAAAAAUCGUACAUAAUGCCGGAUGAUCUGGAAAAUCUGCGACAAGUGUGGCCCAAAAAUGCCUCCAAGCUGACCAAGUGGAUUGUGAAGCCACCGGCAAGUGCUCGGGGCACUGGUAUACGCAUUGUGAACAAGUGGAGUCAAUUCCCCAAGGAUCGUCCUUUGGUUGUCCAAAAAUAUAUUGAACGUCCGCUGCUUAUUAAUGACAAUAAAUUCGAUAUGCGGCUAUAUGUGGUGUUAACCUCUAUCAAUCCGCUGCGCAUCUACAUGUUCAAAGAUGGUUUGGCUCGUUUCGCCUCUGUCAAGUACAGCUCAGAGUUGGGCAAUCUGGAUGAACGCUGCAUGCAUCUGACCAAUUACAGCAUCAACAAAUUCUCACAGAACUAUGCCAAAAACGAGGAUUUCAAUGCGUGUCAGGGCCACAAGUGGACCCUGCAAUCGUUGUGGUCCUGCCUGGAAAAUCGUGGCGUCAACACGAAACGCCUGUGGGCAACUCUGAGGAAUUUGAUCAUACGUGGCAUUGUUAGCGGUGAAUCCGGUCUCAAUCGAAUGUAUCGCCAGAAUGUCAAUUUCCGAUACAAUUGCUACGAGCUGUUUGGUUUUGAUGUCCUACUGGAUGAGAACCUGGUGCCGUGGCUGUUGGAAAUUAACAUAUCGCCCUCGCUGCAUUCCGAACUGCCGCUCGAUUUACAUGUGAAGGGUCCGAUGAUACAAGCCGUGCUCAAUACGGCGCUGUAUCAGGUGCCGCCGAAGCUAAACGAACGCCAACAGCAGGAGAUACUUGAGGAACUGCAGAUGCAGGGACCCCUUGUGCAUGACAAGCGUAUCUUUACCACAUGUCUAACUGCAGAGGAGGUGCGAAAACACAAUCAUUUCACUAGUCGCGCCAUCGAAUUCCGCGAAGAAUAUGUCGACACCAUACUGGACAAUCUGCUGCCCGAUGAUGUGCGCUGUCUGAUCAUUGCCGAGGACGAGUUGGCGCGUUGUAAGCCACUGGAACGCAUCUUUCCCACGCCUGGUACCCACACGUUUCUCCCCUACUUUGAGAACGCACGUUAUUACAAUCGCCUUCUUGAUGCUUGGGAGACCAAGUAUGCCAAAAAUCGAGAGGCGGGCAUUGCGCUCUUGUCGCGACUAUGUAAGGAGAAAUAUCAUUUACAGGUGUCGGAAGCAGCCAUGGAAAAGGAACCUAAUGUGGCCCUCACUGAAAUUGACAUGUUGCAUGUGAAAAAAGACGAAAUGCUGGAAAAUCCUACCAAUCUGCCAAUGAAGCCGGUUGACGAUGGCGAAACUGUCCAAAAGUCAAGAAGUCCAGAACCAGCGAUAGAUCAUUAAAAAAAAACUCCAAGACUGAAUGUAAAUAGAACCGGCAAC